AUGCUCGCCCGGGGCUCACAGGACCGGCAGCCCAGUGACAACCCCGGCGGCGGCGGCGGCGAGAGGGAGCGCAUCCGGAGCCGGAUGAAGAUGGUGAUCGGGCAGUUGGAAGGCAUCUUGCAGGAGCUGAAGGAGGUGGCCAAGGAGCUGAGAGAGGUGGUGAGUCAGAUCGACAAGCUGACCUCAGACUUCGACUUCGAGCUGGAGCCAGACGACUGGACAACCGCCACAGUGAGCAGCACGUCCAGCAGCGACAAAGGAGGUGGUGGUCUGUUUGACCUGGGCCACCUGGACUUCAUGACCUCUGACAUUCUCUCCGACAGCUGGGAGUUCUGUUCCUUCCUGGAUGUCUCCACACCCUCAGACUCAGGCGACGGGUCCGAGCAGCCUGGGGGCCGGCAGCCCGAUUACAGGCUCAUGAACGGUGGAGUGCUGAUCCCCAAUGGGCCUCGCGGAGAGACCCCAGACUCCUCCAGUGAGGAGGCCUUUAGCUCUGCCCCAGCCCCCGCCAAGGGGCAGCCCCAGCGAACCCCAGGGACCCGUGAGCGGGUGCGCUUCAGUGACAAAGUCCUCUACCAUGCCUUGUGCUGUGAUGACGAUGAGGAGGGUGAGCAGGGGGAGGAGGAUGGGGAGGAGGAAGGGGGUGGUGACUGCGGAGGGGGUGGGGGGCCGCCUCCAGAGGCCCCCCAGACAGAGACUGAAGCCACCCUUAAACCUGCUCUGCCCCCUCCCACCUGCAAACCCCGGAGAUCCCCCCUCCCUAGCCGGCACGUACACCUGGCCCCCACGCUCACCGUGGGGGGGCAGCCACGGAAGGUCACCAGGAACAGCAGCACACAGACCGUGUCGGAUAAAAGCACUCAGACUGCCCUGCCCUACAUCUCUGCCAAGCAGAAAAUCAAAGGCAAAAACUGAGCAUCCUGGGUGUGGGGACAAUGAAGAGACCCCCGGAGUCCUGGGAGGGGGGUGGGGGGUGCAAAGCAAAUACAUAUAUAUAUUUAAAUGAAGAAAAUCAUAAUAAAAAGAUGAGAAAAAAA